CCGACAUCUGCGGACUGGCCAGGAUGAGCGCAGCCAGAAAAUGGCGGAUAUUGAGGAGUUACGGAAUAUGGUAUCAGGUUUCCGUGUCUCAGAGCUCCAGGUACUGUUAGGUUUUGCUGGAAGGAACAAGAGCGGUCGAAAGCAUGAACUUUUACUGAGGGCUUUGCAUUUACUCAGGAGUGGUUGUAGCCCUGCUGUGCAGAUAAAAAUAAAGGAACUGUAUCGUCAAAGAUACCCGCGGACAUUUGAUGGUCUUCAGGAUUUGGUGGCUCUGAAGUCAAGCAUUAAAUCCUAUUUUCAAAUAGACAGCGGUGGCACAGUUGUGAGCUCAGAUCUUCCUCUGCAAACCAGCCAUUCAGACCUCCAGCAGCAGCACCUGGUGAGCUGCGAUUCACCUGUGUUUCAUGAAUCAAAGCCCAUGAUGAAUAUGCAGCAGGCCACGCCACUUAUGGCCCCCGUCCACCCGGACGUGCAGAUGAAGUCCCUACCGUUUUACGAUGUGCUGGAUGUGUUGAUCAAACCGUCAAGCUUAGGGACCCAUGCUGGUCAGAGGUUUCAUCAUGAAAAGUACUUCAUAUUUGCUUUGACUCCACAACAAGUGAGAGAAGUUUGCAUUUCACGGGACUUUCUUCCAGGUGGAAGAAGGGACUACAUGGUUCAAAUUCAACUGCGGUUUUGUCUAGCAGAGACCAGCUGUCCACAAGAGGACAAUUAUCCAAACACCCCAUCAAACAAAAUCAAUAAGAACCUCCCCCCCCCCCCUGGCUAUGCACCGCCUCCUAAGAAUGGUGUGGAGCAAAAAAGACCUGGCAGACCGCUGAACAUCACGUCGCUGGUCAGGUUGUCAUCCGCUGUGCCCAAUCAGAUAGUAGUCACCUGGGCACCUGAAAUAGGAAAGACAUACUCCAUGUCAGUUUACUUGGUGCGGCAGCUGACCUCUCCACUGCUGCUCCAGAGAUUAAGAAUGAAGGGGAUCAGAAACCCUGACCAUUCCAGAGCUUUAAUUAAAGAAAAACUCACGGCAGACCCUGACAGUGAAAUCGCCACAACUAGUUUACGAGUCUCACUCAUGUGUCCACUUGGCAAGAUGCGUCUUACGGUACCCUGCCGAGCUGUCACCUGUUCUCACCUGCAGUGUUUUGAUGCUGCUCUAUACCUGCAAAUGAAUGAGAAGAAGCCCACCUGGAUCUGUCCCGUCUGUGACAAAAAAGCCACUUAUGAGAGUCUGAUUAUUGAUGGGCUCUUCAUGGAAAUACUCAAUGACUGCACAGAUGUUGAUGAAAUCAAGUUUCAAGAGGAUGGAACAUGGUGUCCAAUGAGACCAAAGAAGGAGACGUUGAAAGUGUCAUCUUCAUGUAUCCCAAAAAUUGAUUGCGCUGUCCCAGUGCGGCACAGUGCAGUGGUGCCACCCCCAGAAACCAGCAGCACAAAAAAAGGAGACGUAAUCGACCUCACACUAGAGAGCUCAUCUGAUGAUGAAGAGGAUCCUCCUCUGAAAAAGCGCUGUGUCUACAUGUCGAAGGCUGAGGAGAUGCACAACACAGGGGUCCUGACUUAUCAGCCAUCAACGGUUCGGGUGCCAAAUGUCCAGGCUCUAGACACCUCAUACCUGACCUCCUCAAUAACGGACUACUCUGUUCCAUUCCACCAUUCUACCUUAUCCACUAUUCCCACAGAUAUGCAGAGUCUUGAUUUAUUUUCUCUGAUUCAAGGGGAUCCACAGCAGCAUUAUAGAGGCCCUAUAUUUUUAGACAACCUCUCCAGCAGCCUUCAGAGUGCCACCACCAGCAGCGGCCUGGUUUCCUCAUCAGCUCCGUACGAGACGGCAACUCAUAGCAGCAGCUCGAGUCACGAGACGGGUGUCAUUACGGGAGGAUCUUCAGGCCUAUCAGACAUUAUUUCACUAGACUGAAUCCUGGCACAUCUUUAUUGGCCAGUCACCAAAACAGCUACACUCAAGUCAAGAUGGCUAAGUGAAAAAUAUUUUCUACUUUAACUAUGGACCUCAAGAAUCAUGUUUCGACAAGGACCCAGAAGGACUACUAUGAAGAUCUCUAAAUAUUGUGGCUGGGUCAGCAAGUGCUGUUUUAAAAAGUGAACUUGAAUCAAGCUGUUCUCCCUUUGAAUUGG